AUGAAGAAAGAGAAUCACUCUUUGGUGAGUGUGUUUAUUUUUCAAGGUUUCUCCAGCUUCCGUGAGCAUAAGCUCACCCUCUUUGUGUUUCUUACAUUGUACAUAUUCAUCCUGGCAGGCAAUGUUAUCAUUGUGAGUAUCAUUAGUAUUGAUCGUCACCUCCACACCCCUAUGUACUUCUUCCUCGGCAUGCUGUCAGGUUCAGAGACUGUCCGCACCCUUGUCAUUAUACCAAGGAUGCUCUUUAACCUCAUAGGCCUGAGUCAGCCCAUUUCCUUGGCAAGUUGUGCCACUCAAAUGUUUUUCUUUACUUUGGCUAUCAACAACUGCUUCCUGCUCACAGCAAUGGGGUAUGAUCGCUAUGUGGCCAUCUGCAACCCCUUGAGGUACUCAGUCGUCAUGAGCAAGAGAGUGUGUAUGCAGCUGGUGUGGGAGACGUGCAGCAUUGGCCUAAUUGUAGCAAUGACACACGUGUCAGCUGUAUUCAGGCUGCCUUUCUGUAUUCCAAAGCUGCUCCACUUCUUCUGUGUCAUCCGACCUGUGAUGAAGCUCUCCUGCAUUGACACCACAGUUAAUGAAAUCCUGACUAUGACCAUCAGUGUGCUGGUGAUCCUGAUUCCCAAGGGCUUGGUUUUCAUCUCCUACAUCCUCGUCAUUUCUACCAUCCUCAAGAUUGCAUCUGCUGAAGGCAGGAAAAAGGACUUUGCCACCUGUGCUUCUCAUAUUACUGUGGUUAUUGUCCACUACAGCUGUGCCUCCAUUGCCUACUUCAAGCCCAACUCAGAGAACACCAGAGAUCAGGAUCAGCUGUUAUCAGUGACCUACACUGUCAUUACCCCCCUACUGAACCCUGUGGUGUACACUCUGAGGAACAAAGAGGUCAAAGACGCUCUGUGCAGAGCGAUAAGUCAAAAACUCUCCUAA